AUGACAAAAGGAAGGAAAAUUAUUAAAGUUGUCAUUAUAGGUGAGAAAAGUGUUGGUAAAACUAGUAUAUUAAGAAGAUAUGUCGAUAAAAGAUUUGUUACAUUGAAACCAACGAUUGGAGUUGAUUUCGUUAUGGUUAGUGAAAAUAUGGUUACACUUCAAUUAUGGGACACAAGUGGUCAAGAGAGAUUCAGAAGUUUAGAGAUAUCAUAUUACAGAGGAGCAGAUUAUUGUAUAUUGGUAUUUGAUGUAACCAAUGAGAAGACACUUUACGAUUUAAAACUUUGGAGAGAUGAUUUCAUUGAAAAAACAGAAAUUCGAGAUCCAAUCUUAUUUCCAUUCAUUAUUUUAGGAAAUAAAAUCGAUGAUCCAAAUAGAGUAGUUACAGAGAAAGCCGCUAUUCAAUGGUGUAAAGAUAACAUUGGUGGCAAUCUAACUUACUUUGAUACCUCUGCAAAAGAUAAUAUAAAUAUAGAACAAGUUUUUAAACACAUUUCAAAUCAAUGUGAAAAUCAACCACAAUCAAAUGAAAUACCACCAGAACAAUUAAUAAGUUUAACAGAAAAAAAGUCAAAUCAAAGUUCAUGUUGUUAA